GUGCUAUCCCUUAGGUUUGACUUUUACACGAACUCUAUCCAAACAGAUCCCGGGAUCUAUUUGUGGAGCUCAGCUUAAGCUACGAACAGUAUCCUCAAGAUGGAUCAGAAAUGGUGGAGUGAGGAAACAGUAGCGGUGGUUACAGGAGCCAAUAGGGGAAUAGGCUUAGAGAUCGUUCGCCAGCUGGCGUGCAAGGGCGUGACUGUUGUGCUUACGUGUCGCAACGAGAAUAAUGGUUUGGCUGCCAUGAAAGAUCUGGGUGAAGCAGGACUUGAUAACGUUCAUUUUCACAUAUUAGAUGUGCAGAGCUCCCAAAGCGUUUCAGAUCUGGCCCAAUGGUUGAAAACCAUGUUUGGAGGAUUAGACAUUUUGAUAAACAAUGCAGCAGUGUUGGGGCAAGGCAUGGACUGGGAAGUGAUGGACAAAACUGGGGUGGAUGUGCGCCAAGUAAUUGUCUAUGGAACAUCGAAUGAAACUUCUGUGUAUGAUCACGAAAGUGCAACAACAUGUAUUGACAUAAAUUAUUAUGGUACAAAGAGAGUUGUGAACAGCUUGAUAUCAUUAUUCAGGGAAUCAUUUGGCCGGCCACGAAUUGUUAAUGUCUCCUCUAUAUAUGGGCUUCUCAAGAUGAUGCCAAAUCCAGUGCUACAAAAGCAACUCGAUGACAUGGAUAUUGUUAGUGAGGACUUUCUUGAUUCCAUAUUAAGCCAAUUUUCUGAAGAUGUCAAGCAAAAGAAAAACAUGGAAGAGAAAGGAUGGCCAGCCCCAUUUUCUGCUUACAAAAUGUCAAAGAUUUGUUUGAACGCAUACACCCGUCUCUUAGCCCGUGAGCUUUCUGAUAAGGCUUACGCAAAUUGCAUUCAUCCUGGAUACGUUAAAACUGAAAUGACAUAUGGCACAGGAGACCUAUCACCAAGUGAAGGUGCUGAAAAUGUAGUUAAUUUAUCUUUGCUUCCUCCUGGUGGACCUUCAGGUAAAUACUUUUCUGAAAAGGAGAUCACUGACUUCUAAAUGAAUUUCUUUCUGAAUCUCAAACUACUUUUCUUAUUAACGAGAUACUUCCCAUAUCCUAUAUGAAUUUAUUAAAAAACUAUUCAUAUGUAUUACUGUUUAUUCAUCAUUAAACAUUGUUUGCUCGCUAUGAACAAAUUCUACCAAGCACAAUGCAACUUCCCAAUUUUUAAAAUAAAUGCUUGUUGGAUAUGUUGUAUAGUUCAAGCAAACUUUCUUAAUUGAUGCCUCUUGAUUGAUGUGUUUA